UUCACUGUACUCUAUUGAUUCACUGAUUGAUGUCGGAGACGAAUCGUCAUUGGUGAGAACUGGGCUUCCAUCUGCGUAUUGAUUGUUGGUUGACACACAAAGGCAAUUUGUUGUAAUUAAGUUUAACGGAGUAUUUGUCGCAAAGUUGCCAUCUUUGUGCGUCACAUUAAGUGUUCUUGCCGAUUUUCUAGGAAUGUCAAGUGUUAAACUGCGAGCUGGCUUUUCAAGUUGGUAUAAAUUACCCAAAUGUGAAUCAAAACUAGCUAUGUUCCAGAUUUCUACGGAUAACAUAUCCUUCUUGUGUGAUUUCAUGGUAAUCUUGGCUACUUGGUAUUCUUUUCUUCUUUUGAAUACAAUCCAUUAUUUGUUUCGCCUGUCGUUGGAUGGGAUCGGUAGAUAAUCGUUAAAGAAGGCCGGAAGAUUAUACCUUAAACCGUCCUUAAGUAAUCUCGAGAUGUCAUUUUGCGAGAACAACCAUUCUAGGUGCUUGAACCAUAUGGCUUUUUUCC